AGGGAUGGGGGUAGGCGUUGGCUCGUGCAGCUUGGGAUAGUAAGCUCGUCCAGUCUCUGGGCGCCGCUCCUCCUGCUGACACCACUUGGCGCCGCCGCCUCUGACACCAACCACCUGAUUGAUCCACACCCCCGAGCCGGCUGACACCAGCAUCAGACAUGUCGAAGGAAGCCAAGCUGAAGGAGGCGGCGAAGGAGACGCUGAAGACUACGACAGACCCGCUGGAGAAGCUCCGCAGCCACUGCCUCUCCCAGGGCUACACCGGCAUCCUCUCCCUCGGCAGGUUGUUCCGCCGGCUGGAUAAGGACCGCUCAUGGACGCUGUCCAAGGAAGAGCUGAGCCGCGGAGUCGGUCAGUUUGGCUUGGACCUCUCUGAUGGGGACAUCAACAAGCUCUUCUCCAGCUUCGAGAAGGAUGGUCAAUCUGGCAUCAACUACGAGGAGUUCCUGGAGAGUCUGAGGCCCGAGAUGACGGAGCCGAGGAAGAAGGCCGUGGAGGCGGCAUUCAAGCACUUGGACAAGACGGGUGACGGCGUGGUGGGGUUGGAGGACAUCAAGAGGAAGUACUCUGCCAAGACCCAUCCGAAGGUCAUAAAAGGCGAAGCCACAGAGGACGAGAUUCUCAAGAAGUUCCUCAAUUUGUUCGAGACGAACACCUCCGUCGAUGGCAAGGUCACAAAGCAAGAGUUCUUAGACUAUUACUCUGGCCUCAGCAAGGCCAUCGAUGAAGACGAGUACUUCGUCUCCAUGGUCAACAUAAUGUGGGGACUGUAGUGUGGAUAGUCCUCCCCACUCUGCUUGGACUCCUGGUGUUCCACUACUGCUGAUCCGGACCAGAGGGGCUUGAGGUACUACAGGGUGAUAGCUCCUGGCUCUCGGCGAUUGUCCCCUGUGGUGGUGCAGGUCUGCCAUGCUUUACCCAUCCAUUUAUGUUGCUUCAAUUAAAGAACGUCCAGGUAAA